UGAAGGCUUCUGAGUUCUGUGGUCCCUCUUAAUUAUUGUAUUAGGGCCACAGGGCACUCCUUUUCUUGGAGAAGGGAGUACAACAGAACUUAGCAAGGUCACCCCGUCCUUGGUGCAGAAGGGAGGAGAGAUAGCGGGCCAGACUUUGUAAGAAGCCCAAGGGGCAUCGGUGACAGACACUCUGAUCCCCUUUCUGAAGUAUUCAAAGUUAGAGAGUUGGUUUUGGGGCACUCGGUGGGCCAUGCCUAAGAUCUGUUGGCAGGGAAGAGCAGCGUAGGUUAUUCUCUCUCAAGCUUCCCAGGUGAUUCCGAUGCACGCUAAAGUUUGAGAACCACUGUACCAGAAAAUACUUCCUACUGCAUCCUGGUCAAUAAAGAUAAUAGGUUCUGCAUCUGGAGACACUCGCAGUGCACUGCACCCGGCCCAGCUUCUCUCAAAAUGUCUACCGUUCAUGAAAUUCUCUGCAAGCUCAGCUUGGAGGGUGAUCAUUCCACACCUCCAAGUGCAUAUGGGUCAGUCAAAGCGUACACCAACUUUGAUGCUGAGCGGGAUGCUCUGAACAUUGAAACGACCAUCAAGACUAAAAGUGUGGAUGAGGUCACCAUCGUUAACACUUUGACCAACCGCAGCAAUGAACAGAGACAGAAUAUUGCCUUCGCCUACCAGAGAAGGACCAAAAAGGAACUUGCAUAAGUACUGAAGGCAGCCUCGUCCAGCCACCUGGAGACAGUGAUUUUGGGUCUAUUGAAAACACCUGCCCAGUAUGACGCUUCCGAUCUGAAAGCCUCCAUGAAGGGGUUGGGGACCGAUGAGGACUCCCUCAUUGAGAUCAUCUGCUCAAGGACCAACCAGGAGCUACAGGAAAUCAACAGAGUCUACAAGGAAACGUACAAGACCGAUCUGGAGAAGGAUACCAUUUCCAACACAUCUGGUGACUUCCGCAAGCUGAUGAUUGCCCUCGCGAAGGGUCAAAGGGCAGAGGAUGGCUAUGUCAUUGAUUAUGAACUGAUUGACCAAGAUGCCUGGGAUCUCUAUGAUGCUGGCAUGAAGAGGAGAGGAACUAAUGUUCCCAAGUGGGUCAGCGUCAUGACCGAGUGGAGCGUGUGCCACCUCCAGAAAGUGUUUGAAAGGUACAAGAGCUACAGCCCUUAUGACAUGCUGGAGAGCAUGAAGAAGGAGGUCAGAGGAGACCCGGAAAAUGCCUUCCUGAACCGAGUCCAGUGCAUUCAGACCAAGCCCCUGUAUUUUGCUGACAGACUGUACAACUCCAUGAAGGGCAAGGGCACUCACGAUAAGGUCCUGAUUAGAAUCAUGAUCUCCCACAGUGAAGUGGACAUGUUGAAAAUUAGAUCUGAAUUCAAGAAAAAGUAUGACAAGUCCCUGUACUAUUACAUUCAGCAAGACACCAAAGGCGACUACCAGAAAACGCUGCUGUACCUGUGUGGUAGGGAUGACUGAAGCCCGCGAUGGCCCAAGGGUCCAGGAUGGCUGCUCCGCGCUCCCAGCUAACAGUUCUACACAAUCAGCUUGUGGCUAACAGUCCCCUUGUGCCCAUCCCUGGGAGGAUGACGUUAGCAUGCCCACCCCACCCGCUCCAUCCUUAGUUUAGUUGCCUAAGCAUUACCUGGCUUUCUGAUCUAGUCUCUCUUUAUAGUCAAAGAAAUGAACAUUCCAAGGAGUUGGAAGUGAAAUCUAUGAUGUGAAACACUUUGCCUUCUGAGUACUGUGUCGUAAACAGAUGAAUAAACUGAAUUUUUACUUUAGAAAAAAAAAAUAAAGGUAAUAAAAAAGAGUUCACCUUCAUCGGGCAGGGGACAGUGGUACCCCUUAAUUGCAUUACCUCAGGGAUUUGCCAUUUUCCUUCUCUCUGUUGUAUUGUAGGGGCCCUGCUCACCUUAACAACCCACAGAACUUCAUGAGUGUCUAUUAUAUAGAUGACAUUAUGCCAACCGGCUCUGGUGAAGUAGCAAGGACCACACAUGGCCCGUGCUUGCCAGAGGGUGAGAGAAAACCCCUAUGGAAGUCCAGGAGCCUGCCAUCUUGGAGAACUUUCUAGGGUUCCAGCAGUCGGGGGCAUGUUGGGACAUUCCCUCUUAGGUGAGAACCUUGGUUUUCCUUGCAUCCAUGGAAGAUGGGCCUCUUUGGGUCUUUGAGGCAACGUGGAGCACAUCUGCGUGUGCCACUCUGCUGCAUUUACCAGGUAUGUCAUAAGGCUGCUGGCUCGGAA